CUGACAGUACUCCAGCAAGAUAAAUGUUGAUCCUCUCCUUGAUACUCUGCCUUUCAUGAUCCUGACAGGCACUUCUGUGCCUUUCCUGAAAAUGUGCCCACAAUGCAAAUCACUCCUUGAACUGUAAAGAAGGAGUGGAAUCAUGGUCACCACUGAAUCCCCAUGAAGAUCUCUGGAAUCUCAUGUGUAGGGAAGAAAAAUGAAGAUCGUAUUGUACCAUGUUUCCCUGGCUGGUCUGGAAGUACUAAGCUCAAGGAAUCUGCCAGCCUCGGCCUCCCAAAAUGCUGGGAUUUCACGUGAAUGCAUAGACAUGGUGUCAACAGUCCACAGGCUAAAAUAUUGGACUCAUAACAGACCCUUCCUGACCCCAAAGGAAGGAUCGUACGAAUGCCCCAUGGAAAAUUACAAUCAAAUGUCAACGGAUUUCAUCUUAUUGGGGCUGUUCCCACCAUCAAUAAUUGGGCUUUUCCUCUUCAUUCUCAUUGUUUUCAUUUUCCUGAUGGCUCUAAUUGGAAACCUAUCCAUGAUUCUUCUCAUCUUCUUGGACACCCACCUCCACACACCCAUGUAUUUCCUACUUAGUCAGCUCUCCCUCAUUGACCUAAAUUACAUCUCCACCAUUGUUCCUAAGAUGGCUUCUCAUUUGCUGAAUGGAAGCAAGUCUGUCUCCUUCACUGGGUGUGUGAUUCAGAGUUUCUUCUUCACGACUUUAGCCGUUGUAGAAGCGCUACUCCUGACAUCAAUGGCCUAUGAUCGUUACAUUGCUAUUUGCUUUCCUCUUCACUAUUUCAUCCACAUGAGCAAAAGAGUGUGUGUGCUGAUAAUAGCAGGGUCUUGGAUCAUAAGCUCUAUCAAUGCUCGUGCUCACACUGUAUAUCUACUCCAUAUUCCUUAUUGCCCAUCUAGAGUCAUCAAUCAUUUCUUCUGUGAUGUCCCAGCAAUGGUGACUCUGGCCUGCAUGGACACCUGGGUCUAUGAGGGCACAGUGUUUUUGAGCACCACCAUGUUUCUCGUGUUUCCCUUCAUUGGUAUUUCAUGUUCCUAUGGGCGGGUUCUCCUUGCUGUCUACCACAUGAAAUCUGCAGAAGGGAGGAAGAAAGCCUAUUUGACCUGCAGCACCCACCUCACUGUAGUGACUUUCUUCUAUGCACCUUCUGUUUAUACCUAUCUACGUCCAAGAUCCCUGCGAUCUCCAACAGAGGACAAGAUUCUGGCUGUCUUCUACACCAUCCUCACCCCAUUGCUCAACCCCAUCAUCUAUAGCCUGAGAAACAAGGAGGUGAUGGGGGCCCUGACACGAGUGAGUCAGAGAAUCUGCUCUAUGAAAAUGUAGAAACACUUUCUGCCUAAGGUCUCAGGACUCAGAUACACAUCCAUUCAGCGGUGUAUAGUAAUUAAAAUAUUAUUUCAUUCCUAGAGUUCAGGAGCAAAAAGUAAUCAAUGGAAGAAAAAAUAUCACUGAUUUCUGGACAAAAUUGUUUUACAAAGAUGUAUAUAAUUCUUAACAACCUUUUUCUUCAUAGCAUUUUCCCCAUAAAUUUUGAAAACACAUACUUUUGCCAAAAUAUUGUCCAUGAGAAUGUUUGUUUUUAGUUAUGCAGAAAUGGAAAUGAAAUUUGUCUAACUGAAGUUGGCACUUAGUAUAACAAUUCUAUUAUUUUCAAUUUAUUUUCCGGUAAUUAUAAAUUUAUAUUUUUGUUUAUGUCUAAAACAAAAAAAAUGUCCCUUGACUUGGUGGAUCCAAUUGAAAACUGUAAAAUGUCUUUCUUAUUUAGACACUUAAUGUACCAGUUACUGUUCCUUUCAACUUAGUGAAGUUAUUUUUACACAAUUUAGCAGAGAGCUCAUCAGGGAUUCUUAAGUCCUGAUACCACUCUGGAUGGUCUAUGACAAGUUUAUGUGUUUUAUAGGGGAAUGAAUCCCAGGAAAUGAUUAAACAUCAGGUAUAUUUUAGGUCAACAACAAGGACUGGAAUGUGACAGCAGUAAUAAAAAUGAUUACAUUUAGUUCUUUAAUCCAUUUUGAGUUGAUUUUGUUAUGGUAUAAGAAUUGGGAGUUCAGUUUCAUUUUUCUGCUUAAAAAUAUCCAGUUUUCCCUGCACAGUAUAUUGAAGACACUGUAUUCUUCCCAAUAAACAUUCUUGGCUCUGUUGUCAAAAAUCAGUUGACUGCAUCAGGUACAGAAAGAUUUUGCAUGUUCUCACUCAUCUGUGGGAGCUAAAAUUUUUAAAAAUGGAACUAGUGGAAAUAGAGAAUAGACUGAUGGUCACCAGGGUGGGAAGGGUACAGGGGAGGGGUGACAAAGUGGGGUUGGUUAAUAGUUGCAAAAAUAUAAUUAGAUAUAAUGAAUAAGAGCCAGUAAUUGGUAGCACAACAGAGUGACUAUAAUAAACAGUAAUUUAUUGUAGAAUUUAUUGUAUAUCUUAAAGAAUAACUGAAAGUGUGGAAUUGGAAUAUUGUCAACACAAAGAAAUAGUACAUAUUUUUGGUGAUGGUUAUCCCAAUUACCCCAGUUUGAUCAUUACACAUUGUAUGCCUUUAUCAAAAUAUCACAUACACUCCAUAAUUAUAUAUUACUAUUAUAGUAAUUAAAAAUAAAAAAAUUAAAUCAGUUAGCUGUAGAUGUGUGGAUUUAUUUCUGGGUUCUCUGUUCUGUUUCAUGGUUCUAUGUGUCUUUUUUAUGCCAGUACCAUCCUGUUUUGCUUAUUACUUGUUUGUAUAGUUUGAAGUUUGGUACUGUUAUGGCUCCAGGCUUGCUCUUUUUGUUCAAGAUUUCUUUGACUAUUUGGGGUCUUUUAUAGUUCCAUACAAAUCUUAGAAUGUAUUUUACUAUUUGUGUGCAUAAUGUCAUUGGUAUUUUGAUAGACAUUGCAUUGAAUCUGUAGUUUGGUCAUUUAAAUAAUAUUAAUUCUUUCAAUCCAUGAACAUUGGAUGUCUUCCCAUUUGUUUGUAUUCCUCUUCAUUUUCUUUCACCAGUGUUUUGUACAAAUCACGUUAGUGUUCUCUUCCAUGACUACAGUUAACAGCAAAUUAUUACAUAGUUAAAAUUAUUUCAAUGCUCUUUAAAUGUCAUUUCUAUUUCUAAGCCUGUGGAUAUUUGUUUUACAAUGUUGUAGCAAUUAAAACAUACAUUUUGAACUUG